AGCAGAAACGUCUUGUUUUUCAACUGUCAUUUUCUCAAACAAAAUUAAACUUUUUUCAUUUUCUCUAAUUCGUUUCCAUGGAUUUCCACAGUCUUCCGAGAAGAGAUCUCCAAUUUUUCUGUAAGAGGAACAAAAUCCCAGCCAAUAUGACCAAUAUCGCCAUGGCUGAUGCUCUCAGAGAUCUUGAGAUUGUGGAAGGUAUGGAUGAGUUCAUGGAUCCAUCUCGUGACCAGUCUCCAACCAGUGUAGCUAGAAAUUUGCCAAGUGCUGCUCGUACUGCAGCUAGAACAACUCGAAGGAAGACCACGAAAGAUGAAACUCAGUCAUCAGAUUUGGUGACCCGUUCUUGUUAUGUGGUGAGCAAGUCCCUAGCUGGAGAAAUGGAUCAAGAAAACAAAAACAUGAAUAUGCUCCAGAAUCCAUCACUACCUCAGAGCCGUAGAAGAGAAGCAGCUACCUCAGUUGCUGUGAAGUUAGAUGUCACUGAUAUCAUGCCUGAAGCCAAUGUGAGCAAAACUCCAGCGGCGAGAAGCACAAGAAGGGCUCAGGCAGCUGCAUCUUCCAAGAAGGAGUCGGUUCAGAGGGUGUACAGCACCAGAAGGUCUGUCAGAUUGUUAGAAGAAUCCAUGGCUGACCUGAGUUUGAAAACCAAUGUACCUGCAAAGAAGCACGAAGAUGCUGAAAGAGAAGAUUCUCCAGCAGGUUCCAAAUUCCAGGAAAAGUCAGAUGAAAACUCAGAAAAUACUGAGAAGGGUGGAGUAAUGUCAGUGAGAGAUUUAAAUGAUUCGUUGGAGAAGGAAUGGGAUGGUUCAAAGAAUGAUCCAGAUCUUGAUAUAUUAUAUGGUGAUCUUGGAGAUAUCACUUUCUUUGAUGCAUCCACCAGUAAGGAACAGAUGAAUGGAACAGAUUCCAGCACGGUUUCAGCUUCCGAUAGUUUUGUUCUAGUCAAUGAACAAGAAACUUCGAAGGAGGAUGAUUUUGUUGUUGUUGACCAUGCUGCUUCUACUACCACCACAAACACUUUAGCCUGCUACAAAGAAUCAGAGUCUGAGCAAAUGAAGAUUGAUUCUGAAUCUGAAUCAGAGGAAACAGAAUAUGAAACUGAUCCAUGGGAGGGUGAUGAUUUUGGUGUUGCUGUUGACACAAACCAAGAGGCAUUUGAGUCUAAAGUCCGUGCUAGUGAUAAUGUGAGUAAGGUUGACUCAGUCACAACAGUUCUGAUAGCUGAUGAAUCGAAAGAACUUGAUUUCUCUCCUUCACCUCUUGCUGAGGAGGAACUCGAAGUAGACAGCGAUGAAUGGUCUGAUUAUGAGAUAGGCGAGGUUGAGUUAGAGGAAAACAGUUGCGCAUCUGAAGAAUCGAUUGAUAUUGAAUCAGAAGAGGCUCCUGUUUCAGAUAAGAAGUCUCCAGCUUCUUCUUCUUCAUCAAGUCUUGCUGGUAAUGAGACAAAAACUUCGUUGUCUCCAUUUGAAGCAGAAUCAAUCUUAGAGGGCGACAAGGACAAGGAGAUGGCUGUUAACAACAAUGGAGAGGGGAAAGCUGAGGCCGAGGUUAAGAAGACAAAGAAGAAGAAGAAGACGAUUGAUGAAGAGCUCAAAGAUGUGAGCAUGAGGCAACUAACGAAGAUGGUGAAAGAACUUGCUAUUAAGAGUAAGCAACAACACAAGGGUCCUGAGUAAUGAAGAAAAACCCUUUUAGCCUUUUUGAAAUCAUUUCCUUCUCUCUUGGAAAAAUAUUGAUGUUUUUUUCGUUUCCUUUAGGGUGUUGUGUUUUUCUUGUUUUAAGAAACCCAAACAGAAUUUCUAAAGAGACCUAUUUCUUUUUAUCUCAUUCGUAAUUUCUUCAUGGCUUUUCAAAAAACUGACUUAGCUGCACUUUUUUCUAUCUCAAAAGAGACUAGAAUAAAGCCCUAAUUUGUUG